UUGUUUUUCUAUUUUCUCCUGUCUGUCGCCCUCUUUUUUUAUUUUUCUAUUAUCUUUAUAGAAACCAUAUUUUAUUUUUUUGUUCAUUCUUGGGCAGCGAUUUUACCUAGUCUGUUUGUAGUGGUAAUCAUUUGUUGGUGAGAUUUUUCCCCACAUUCAUAAUAAUAAUUUAUAUCCUUGCUCGAAGGAGGAAGUUACGUUGGGCAACCUAAUUAUAUACAAAUUAAUUAAAGGUUUCAACACAAUGUUCUACACAGUGAUAUUCUUCUUUAUUCUCAUACUUAUUUUCUUACUUUGGGAUUGUAAGAAACCAGACAAUUUUCCACCUGGACCUCGAUGGUAUCCAAUAGUUGGAUGUGCACUUCAACUCUCACAGCUUCGCAUCAAAACUGGCUUGUUUUGUAGAGUAAUUGAUGAAUUGGUAAAAACUUUUGUGAAUCCCUAUGGUGUUUAUGGAUUAAAAAUUGGCAAAGAUCAAGUUGUUGUAGCUUAUUACAAAAAUGCUAUUCAAGAAAUGGGUUUCAAUGAGGAUCUAGAUGGGCGUCCACAAGGAAUAUUUUAUCGUACUCGAACAUUUAAUUCGAAAAAAGGGAUACUCCUGGCCGAUGAGGACUUUUGGGUUGAACAACGUCGAUUUAUAAUUCGUCAUCUUAAAGACUUUGGAUUCUCUCGUCGGGAUAUCAUUGUUUAUAUCCAAGAAGAAGCUCAAUAUCUUGCAGAUGAUAUUCGAAAAAGGAUCAACAAAGAAGGAGGCAAAAGUGCCAUUAUUUACAUGCAAGAUCUAUUUCCUGUGUUUGUUCUAAACAGUUUAUGGCGAUUAAUGGCUAGCAAACGAUACGAUCGUGAAAGUGACGAUGUUAUGGCACUUUUGAAUAUGUUCUACGAACUUCUUAAAAACGUAGACAUGAUCGGUUCUAUGUUUAGCCAAUUUCCAUUCAUGAGAUACGUAGCUCCAGAUUUUUCAGGAUUUAAUGGUUUUGUCGAAUCACAUCACAGAUUCUAUGCCUUUCUUCGAAAAGAAGUUGAAGAACAUCGUCAAACAAUCAAUCUUGAUGAUCCACCGAGAGAUCUUAUGGAUGCAUAUUUGCAAGUAAUCGACAAACCAGGACAUCCAGAGUCCUUUUCGGACGAACAAUUGCUAUCGGUGUGCUUAGAUCUUUUUUUGGCUGGAUCAGAAACAACAAAUAAAAGCUUGGGAUUUGCUUUUCUUCACAUGGCAAAGCAUCCAGAGAUUCAGGAAAAAGCUCAAGCUGAACUGGAUUCUGUUGUGGGACGUGAAAGGCAGCCUUGUUGGGAAGAUAAACCAAACCUGCCAUAUUGUGAAGCAAUCGUCUAUGAAGCUUUAAGGUUUUUCAUGGGUCACACAUUUGGUGUUCCACAUCGAGCUUUGAAAGACACAAGGCUUUGUGGAUACAAUGUCCCUAAGGAUACAAUGGUAGUUGCUUGCUUUCGUGGUAUGCUUAUGAACUCGAAAGACUUUCCAGAUCCGCACAGAUUUUGGCCCGAUCGGUAUUUUAUUGAUGGGAAAUUUAAGGUGCCCGAUUUUUCAGCUUUUGGCUAUGGCCGACAUCGGUGUAUGGGUGAAAUGUUGGGCAAACAAAAUAUCUUCUUUUUUGUGACAACACUUUUGCAGAGUUUCACAUUUAAAAUACCAAAAGGUGAACCGAUACCAAGUGAUGAGCCAAUCGAUGGGGUUACUGCUGGACCUCAAUUAUUUAAUACAUUUGUUGAGGCUCGAUGGUAGAUAUGUUACGUACAUUGUUUUGUUUUUAAUAUAAUUUGUGAACAUUUAAUAUUAAAUAUAAUUUUCUUUUUGAAA